GUGUUUUCCGGGUUGUAGUUGCUUGGUGGAUUGUCGAUGCUUCCUGUGUUUGUUAGUGAGUCUGCAGCUGGCCAGAAACGAGAAGGAGGCGAGACAUUGGGAACUGACAGCACCGAUGUGACCCUGCAGCGUUUAACAGAGGUGCAGGGGAGGGGGCGGGGGAGGGAAGGAAAGUUUUCUGGUCGUUUUUCAAGGAACCUUUUUAAUUGUUUAAAAGUGACCCAACAAUGGCUAAGGACUUUCCAGCGAGAAGUCUCGAUAACAUUCAUCUUUCCUCUUUGCGGGACCCUGCAGGGAUAUUUGAGUUGGUCGAAGUGGUUGGCAAUGGCACCUAUGGUCAAGUCUAUAAGGGGCGUCAUGUCAAGACUGGGCAGUUGGCAGCGAUUAAGGUCAUGGACGUUACUGAAGAUGAAGAAGAAGAAAUCAAACUGGAAAUUAACAUGUUGAAGAAGUGUUCCCAUCACAGGAACAUUGCAACAUAUUAUGGCGCUUUCAUCAGAACAAAUCCUUCAAACCAAGAAGACCAACUCUGGCUGGUAAUGGAAUUCUGUGGAGCAGGCUCUGUCACUGAUUUGGUGAAGAAAACAAAAGGGAACUGCCUGAAAGAAGAAUGGAUAGCAUACAUCUGUCGAGAGGUUCUUCGAGGUCUGGCCCACCUACAUUCCCACCAUGUUAUUCACCGUGACAUCAAAGGACAGAAUGUGUUAUUAACAGAGAAUGCAGAAGUAAAGUUGGUUGAUUUUGGGGUCAGUGCUCAACUGGACAGGACCAUGGAGAAACGGAAUACUUUCAUCGGCACACCCUACUGGAUGGCACCCGAAGUCAUAGCGUGUGACGAGAACGCAGAUUCCACAUACGACUACAGAAGUGAUGUGUGGUCAUUGGGAAUCACGGCGAUUGAAAUGGCAGAAGGAGCACCUCCACUCUGCGAUAUGCAUCCAAUGAGAGCCCUUUUCCUCAUCCCGCGGAAUUCUCCACCCAAGUUGAAAUCAAAAAAAUGGUCGAAGAAGUUUAUUAAUUUUGUGGAAAACUGCCUGGUGAAGAAUCAUUUACAUCGAAGCACCACUGAAGCACUGUUAAAGCAUUCAUUCAUCCGUGAUCAGCAGAAUGAUCGGCAAGUUCGUAUUAUGCUGAAAGAUCAUAUUGACAGAACUAGGAAGAAGAAGGGUGAGAAAGAUGAAACAGAAUAUGAAUAUAGUGGAAGUGAGGAAGAUGAAGAUGGAUUGAAUGAAGAUGAAGGAGAGCCGAGUUCCAUUGUUAAUCAGCCCGGGGAGUCGACUCUACGGCGAGAGUUCCUACGGCUGCAGCAGGAGAACACAAACCGGACAGCAGCUCAGCAACAGCAACAAGUGCUCCAACAGCAACUGCAGGAACAGGAGAAGUACAAGCAGCAACUACUGGCCGAGAGGCAGAAACGCAUCAACCAGCAGAAGGAGCAAAGGAGGUGGCUGGAAGACCACCACAAAAGGGAGCAGGAGCUGCGCAAACAGCAAGAAUGCGGGAAGAAAACGCCAGAAGUGAUGGAGAGACACAGAAAAGAGCAAAAGAACAGAGGAGAAGAAGAAAGGAAAUGGGCAGAAGAGGAGAGAUGGAAGAUCGUGGAAGGGAAACGGAAAGUUGAGCAGAAACAGAUGGAUGACCGAGCAGAGUCCAUGCUGAGUGAAAGCCCUAUAAUGAUGAAUGUACCUCAGCAGCAGGAUCUGCGAGAAUAUCGAGGCAACCUUUCCAGUUCGGUUUCAUUAAGCGACAUGGUCCUAAUUCCAGCAUCUCUGGGACAAGACGAAGUAUUUUGGGACAAUGAGGAACCACCUCCUAAGGUUCCCGAAAGAACGGUCUCAAAAUCGUACAGCAGAGAACAAAUAAACAGUCAAGCCAGGCAGAAGAGUCCCUCCAGUAACUUUGAACUGCAGCCCCUGUGGGAGAGGGUGGAGAGCCCACCGGCCAAGCAAGUCAGAAGCAAUUUCCCUGGCAACAAUUCGCAGAGUGGCAGCCGAAACAGUUCCCGCACUGUAUCAGCACCUUUACUCAACUCCUCCAGCCAAAGUGACAAGCAACUUAACAGACGAUGUGAAGAGAAACGGAGUUACCCACUAUCGAGGAACUAUACUGAGGGGAUUACACCAGCCAGGGGGAAGACUGGGAGUGGCCCUUUUGGAAAGGCAAUAGAAUAUUCCUCAUCGAGUGACGAAAUUGGUAGUACAGAUGAAGAGGAUGAUCUGAACUCUAACAGUGCAGCCCCUCUCCCGGUCAGAUCAAGGCAACCAGCCAAGCUAAGUAAUGGACAGACAAAGUGUGCAAGUACAAGUGCAGCAGAUAGCAUUGAGUUGCAGCCUCAAAGCAUCUUGAACGAAGAAAAGAAGAUAGCAGGGCAGAAGUGUGGCAGACUGCAGGAAUGUGCAGAUGGCCCCAGUGUGAUUCAGCGCCUCCCAGAUCUCCUCCAGCAAAGCCACUCGACUAACAUCUCAGCCAAUCAGCAGGGAAUGGUGCAGAGUCCUCAGCCACUUCACAACAGGACGGCAACUAACCAGAGUGAAUCAGCUGAAAGUCUCCAGCCGAAAUGUAGUUCAUCGUCUUCCUCUUCCUUCACACCGUUCAUUGACCCCAGGCUCCUGCAGAUUUCCUCUUGUAGUCCUCCAGGUGCACUAGCCAAUAAAACUGAGCCAAUCCGGCGAGACAAUGCGAGAAAGGGAUCCGUCGUCAAUGUCAAUCCGACGAACAUACGUCCACAGAGCGACACUCCAGAAAUUCGCAAAUACAAGAAGAAAUUCAAUUCCGAGAUAUUAUGUGCUGCUUUAUGGGGUGUCAAUCUGCUGGUGGGCACAGAGAAUGGGCUUUGGUUAUUGGACCGGAGCGGACAAGGCAAAGUUUACUCACUCAUUACUCGAAGACGGUUCCAACAAAUGGACGUACUGGAAGGACUGAACGUACUUAUUACAAUAUCAGGGAAAAAGAACAAAUUGCGGGUUUACUACCUGUCAUGGCUCAGAAACAAGAUUUUGCGCAAUGAUCCGGAAGUAGAGAAAAAGCACGGCUGGGUCUCAGUUGGAGAUUUGGAAGGCUGUGUUCACUAUAAAGUUGUUAAGUAUGAAAGAAUAAAAUUCCUGGUGGUUGCUCUGAAGAAUUCUGUUGAAGUCUACGCAUGGGCUCCAAAACCGUACCACAAGUUUAUGGCAUUCAAGUCCUUUACAUCUCUCGCUCACAAGCCACUGUCAGUGGACCUCACAAUUGAAGAAGGUCAGAGGUUAAAGGCAAUCUACGGAUCCACUUCGGGUUUUCAUGCCAUUGACCUUGACUCAGGGACAGUUUAUGACAUCUACCUGCCAACUCAUAUUCAGGGCAAUAUUCACCCACAUGCAAUUAUCAUCCUUCCGAACACUAAUGGAAUGGAGCUGUUGGUUUGUUACGAGGAUGAAGGGGUCUACAUCGAUACUUAUGGUCGGAUCACAAAGGAGAUGGUCGUGCAGUGGGGGGAGAUGCCGACCUCAAUUGCCUAUAUCCAAUCAAAUCACAUAAUGGGAUGGGGAGAGAAGGCCAUCGAGCUCCGUUCUGUAGAAAAUGGGUGUCUUGACGGAGUGUUUAUGCACAAAAAGGCACAGAAACUGAAAUUCUUGUGUGAACGGAAUGACAAGGUGUUCUUUGCCUCUGCUCAGUCCGGUGGAUGCAGUCAGAUUUAUUUUAUGACACUUGGUCAGAACUCUCUGUUGAACUGGUAGCCUCCAGGAAUCUUGAAAACACUCUCUGGAAGUUGUGUUGCAAAGAAGUGACCAUCUUCAUAUAUUCCCAGUCCCAUUGACAUUCACUGUUCUCGAAUAAUUGUGACAGUGUCAGUCAAGAGUUGACCUUCCAUCUACAACCGAUGUCACAGUUGGGCAGAAGCUAUUGCCAAGUAUUAUGCCAAUGACCAAAACUAGUUUCUGUAAUUCUACUGAUUUAAGUUAGGGUUGUUGUAGCAUAUAGACAAUAUAUUGCUGUACUGUUAAGCAAAAAAAGUAGCUUAGUGUGCCAACUGUUUGCACAUAUAUAUAGAUGUGUCUUAAGGUCUUUUGCACAAUCACAUCUUUUAUAGUUCACUUGCACUGCAAGUGACAACCUCCAACGUUUUACCCCAGUAUUUUGUAUAUGCGGUAUUUUAGAUGGGUUUUAUGUUAGUAUUGCUAUUAUUAAUGCAGUGACGUACUGUACUUUACUUGAGAAUAAUUCUGUAGCAAUUUUUCCAAAGUGGCUUUCUGACCUUUCUGACACCCAGUGCACUGCAGCCGCCUGGUUUUGGGUGAUUCUGAAGCAGGUCAGUCAAUCACUAUCAGGCCAUUUGCAUAGCACUUACUCGAACUCAAUGGGGUCGAUUUUCAACUUGCUGCCUGGGUUUAGGUGCAUUAGGAGCAGGAGUAAGCCAUUUAACCGUCAAUUCUGCUUCACCAUUCAAUUAGGCCAUGUCUCAUCUCAAUAGAUGGGAUGGGAGAAGGAGGAAUGGGGUGAGUGGAGGGAUGGGGUCUUCCUGUCAAACUCAACUACAUCAGGAUAGGAAGGGUAAAGUAGGAAGAGCCUUGCCCAGAGGGCACUUGAAGACCAUUUACUGACCUCACCUCACUGAGUACUAAUAUAUGGUCACCGACAAAUGAGGGCUACAUCAGGAGGGCCGACCGCCAGCUGAAAGGCAGCCCGAGGGGACGGGGUGGGGAAUGGGGAGGGUUGGUUCUGCCUUUCUGGGCAUAAAGCGCCCAGUGUUGGAAUCCAUCAAAAGCAAGGUCAAGGGCCUGGAGAAAGGUAUCCCUUUAGACCGAGCCCAUCUCCCACCUCACCAGAGCUUCUCUGGUGAAGCUGAGAGUCCCAACAGUAAGCUGCCUGGUUGGGCUUGAAUCCUGGCAGUGCUCCCGGUAAUGGUUGCAGCAGAAUUGUCACCAAUCGGCCCAUCGUCACGGUCAUUACAUUUCAGCCAUGACUGCUCUGGUUUGAAUUUUUCAGAUUCUUUCGCUUUAUUGUCAACUUGCUGGAGCGCAGGCCACAGUUUCUCUGGUAACUCUCAACAGUAUCCGACCCCCCAUUCCAAAUGUCUCAACCCGCAGUACAGGUCACGCGGUGGAAAUUAAAACUGAAUCAUUUCAAAAGCGGCCAAUCAAUCCCUAGCAUCAGUUUUAAACCUGCAGGGGAGAUUGCAAAUCUUCUGUUGCAGUUUUGAAAACCCGAAGCAGCUGCAUUCAGUGCCAAAUUGUUCUGACAGUUUACCAACAAUAGGAAUCAAAGUCGUGUUUCUGUAGACCUUGUGGCAAUUUCUCCCAUGUUGGCAAACCUGUGGGGUUGAUAAUGUGGAUGGGUAAGUUUAGAUCAGAGUGGUGCUGGAAAAGCACAGCAGG